CCCCCUCGUUACCAUUGCGUUAAAUUCCUAAAGUUUUUUUCCAAGUUAAACAUUUAUAAAUAUUUAAAUCUCUUUUACUUUUCUACAACAUAGAAAUUAUGUGCGGCAUUCAAUUUUUAAAAACUUGAAAUUGUUAUAAAAAUGCCUUUGAAAACAAGUUUAUGUAAAGGCCAACAUUUUUUAGAGUCAACUUACGUAUAAGUUCCUAACUUCCUAACAUUUUCCUAUUUUAAUUUUUUAAAACAAUCUAAUCACACAGGAUUGAUAUCUUAAAAAAUUAUUAAGAUUUCUGCACAUUCAAAUUCAAAUUCAAACGCAAGCGCAUCUUGAGAACGAAUCAAAUUUCAUUUUUAUCGGAAUAUGUUCAUAACAUCUUGCAGCCAUGCUCGACUUUAUUGAUAUUUUAGAAGAAUAGGAAGAAGAGUAAAACACUUAAAUAUUAAAAGAUUAAAAAUUCUAUAUUUGUUGAAUAAUAAGUCUGUAAAGUGUGAUUUCAUUUUAUUUACUCACUCUAUAACACAGUGAUAUUUAUUUACGUACGUACAUUACAUAGAAGCACUGUAUUUUAAUUAAAAAUACUUUGUGUACAUACAAUAUUGAAACGUAAAUCAUUUUUAAUGUUAAACACUAUUUCAUAAGUGAACACAAACAUUAUUUUUCAUCCUUGAGUCAUUGUUACAUUACAGUAUUUACCGAAACACUCAGUUUCUUCGAUUAUUUUAAAAAUUAUAUAAUUCAUGUCUUUUUACAAAAAUUUAAACAUUUCCAAAUAAUUCUGUAAUUAUACUGCUAAGAAUAAGUUAAAUAUAAUUAAACAAUGGACACUGAAAAGUACAAAUACAGGACAUCGCUCCCUGCCGAAGGACAUUCAGAAGUAAAUAUUUGCUCAGUUUUGUCUUUGGGAAAGGAUUUAAGUAAAAUUACAAUGCCAGUUAUAUUCAAUGAACCUUUGUCGUUUCUUCAGCGAGUAGCUGAGUAUAUGGAAUACUCAAAUUUACUAGAAAAGGCGUCUUUGGAACCAACAUCCGUUGGUAGACUACAGUACGUGGCUGCAUUUGCAGUAAGUGCUCUGGCUUCUAAUUGGGAAAGAUUGGGAAAGCCGUUCAAUCCACUACUUGGUGAAACAUAUGAAUUACAACAAGAUGGUUUUCGAAUAUUAUGUGAACAAGUUUCUCAUCAUCCACCAAUUUCCGCUUUUCAUGCGGAGAGUAAAGACUUUACAUUCCAUGGGAGUAUAAAUCCCAAAUUAAAAUUUUGUGGCAAAUCUAUAGAGAUACAUCCGAAAGGAGUAUUAACAGUGAAAUUGAUAAAAUGGAAUGAAACAUAUACCUGGCAAAAUGUUAACUGUAUUCUACAUAAUGUUUUGGUUGGACAAAUAUGGAUGGAACAAUUGGGUGCCUUAGAAAUAAAACAACAUGAAGAAAAAAUGUUAACAGCCACUUUAAACUUUAAAAAUGCUGGUACAAACGGGAAAGAUCUUCACAGAGUAGAAGGAUUCAUUACGGAUCAAAAUAAAAGGAAAUUGCUUUAUUUGUAUGGCAAAUGGACUGAGGGUUUGCGAUCUUGUGACCCAUUAUUAUAUGAAGAUGCACUUGAAAAAAUAAGAAGAGAAACGAAAAGUCCUUUAGGAAGUUCAGGACAUAAAAAAGUUUUAGCAAAAUUGCAUAGUUUAAAAGUGGGAGCUUUUAAACCAGUACAUCAGGAUGCCGUUGAUGAUUCUUCAAGUUUUGAAGGUGAUGAAAAUUCUUCGUUUCUAGAUGAAAUACCAGAAUCAACUACUUUGUGGGAAGCAGUCUCAAGACCUGCUAACAGUUCAGAUUUUUAUCAAUUCACAACAUUCACAAUGUCGUUAAAUGAGAUGGUGCCAGGUAUGGAAAAAUAUCUUUGUCCAACUGAUUCAAGACUGAGAUCAGAUAUUCGUAAAUUAGAAUUUGGAGAUCGAAGUGGUGCAGCGGUGGAAAAAGCGAGGCUUGAAGAAAAACAACGUGAUUGUAAAAAAUUAAGGAAGCAAAAGAAAUGCCCAGAUUGGGCUCCUAGGUGGUUUCGAACUGAAAUUAAUCCCUACACUAGUCAAGACGAUUGGAUAUUUCUUGGAAAUUACUGGGACCGAAAUUAUUCAGAAAUCGAAAAUAUUUUUUAAAAAUAUCAUUCGCAUUUUUAAACAGAAUAAGUUUCAAAGUAAACAGGUACUAUGACACACUUUAAUUCUCAUUUUUUUAGCAAAUUUUAUUUAUAUUAAGUUAAUAUCAAGAAUAAGUAGAAGUAAAUUUGAAUAUUAAAUUAAUUAUUCUAUGUAGAACUGCAUAUUCAAUUUUUUUUAAUGCGCAUUAAUUGUCACAUUAUUUAAUAGGUAUAUUUGAUUGAUUGAUCGAUUGAUUGUGGUGAAAUAUAUGUAUAUAUGUAGAUUUAGCUCUUCGAGUUAAAUUAAAUGAAUAGAAAAAUCUUUACAAAAUGUCAUUGACACUUGAAAUCUGAAAUAUUUAGACUUUGAAAAAAUAAAAAUCUUAAAUGUCCUAAAUAUAUUUAUUAAAAAAUUCUGUACUCUGAAAAUAAAAUUCAGUAUGCUGUAGGA